UGUUUAAGCCCCUCUCUCUCGGGUCAGGAUGGAAAGGCUCGCACAGGCAGAGGAGGGAGCAUGUCAUGAGAGGUGAUGACACCACCACGGAGGUGUAUCCUCAUCCUCUCCGACUUCUGAGAGCGCCGCUCGCUGCCGUUUCAGCCGCCGCUGCUGCUGCCAUACUUUCUGCAUCCCACAGAGUAGAGAGAGAGGUCAAAAGACAGCUGCCAAUCUCCUCCUCCGCCUCUCUCUCCACUUCUUUUCUCACUUUGUCUGUGGAUGAUGGGAUUUUAAUCAUGUGGAAGGCAGCUGAGCGGCUCUUCUGGAUUUCGCUGACACUGCGCACGGUCCCGCCUGGCCUCUUCUAAGCAGGAUGGACACUCUGGAAUCAGAGCUGACCUGCCCAAUCUGCCUGGAGCUCUUUGAAGACCCUCUGCUGCUCCCCUGUGCCCACAGCCUGUGUUUUGGCUGCGCCCACCGCAUCCUCAUCUCCCACUGCGCCACCAACGAGUCUGUCCAGAAUAUUGGCGCUUUCCAGUGCCCCACCUGUAGAUAUGUCAUUUCCUUGAGUCCUGAGCGUGGACUAGAAGGACUCAAGAGAAACGUCACCCUGCAGAACAUUAUUGACAGAGUUCAGAGAGCCUCGUCUUCAGCUGGACUCCCUUUGCCUCUGCCGGCCCCUCACAGCGGGCCCAACUCUCCCUGCGAGGAAAGCAGCAAUCGCCUGGCACUGGUCCCCGUCAGCGCCGCCAUGUCCAACCCGGGCUCACCUCCCGAGCCGGUGCAGUGCCAGUUCUGCGAGCUGGACCCGCCGCAGGACGCCGUGAAGACGUGCGUGACGUGCGAGGUGUCGUACUGCGAGGAGUGCCUCAGAGCAACGCACCCCAACAAGAAGCCAUUCACGGGCCACCGGCUCAUCGAGCCGAUGCCCGACUCGCACCUCAGAGGGCUCCAGUGUCUGGAGCACGACGAAGAGAAGGUCAACAUGUACUGUGUCAGCGAUGACCAACUCAUCUGCUCUUUGUGCAAACUGGUCGGCCGGCACAGAGACCACCAGGUGGCAGCACUAAGCGACCGCUAUGAAAAACUUAAGCAAGCCCUGGAUUCCAACCUGAGCAAUCUAAUCAAGAGAAACAACGAGCUGGAGUCUCUGAUGGGAAAACUGAUCCAGACGUGUCAACAUGUGGAGGUGAACGCAUCCCGUCAGGAGGGCAAGCUCAUGGAGGAGUGUGAUGUCCUGAUUGACAUCAUUCAACAGAGGAGGCAGAUCAUUGGCAGCAAGAUCAAGGAGGGGAAGGCUCAGAGGCUUCGAAAGCUCGCCCAACAAAUUUCCAACUGCAAGCAGUGCAUCGAGAGGUCCUCGGCCCUCAUCACGCAAGCUGACCAGACGCUGAAGGAAACGGAUCACGCUCGCUUCCUGCAGACGGCCAAGAGCAUCAACGAGAGGGUCUCCAUGGCAACUGCAUCUACCCAAGUACUGAUCCCUGAGAUUCACCUGACUGACACCUUUGAUACUUUCGCGCUGGACUUCACCAGAGAGAAGAAGUUGUUGGAGAACCUGGAUUACCUCACUGCUCCGAGUGCUCCAUCCAUAAGGGAAGAGCUGUGCACGGCGUCGUACGAUACCAUCAGCGUCCACUGGACAUCUGAUGAUGAGUUUUCCAUUGUGUCCUAUGAGCUCCAGUACACCAUCUUCACAGGACAGUCCAACAUUGCCAGUCUUUGUAACUCGCUAGACAGUUGGAUGAUCGUUCCCAACAUCAAACAGAACCAGUACACAGUGCACGGCCUCCAAAGCGGCACCAAGUACGUCUUUGUCGUCAAGGCCAUAAACCAAGCAGGAAGCAGGAGCAGUGAACCGGGAACGCUGAAGACCAACAGUCAACCGUUUAAACUGGACCCCAAAUCUGCACACAAGAAGCUGAAGGUGUCACACGAUAACCUGACAGUGGAGCGAGAUGAAACCACAUCUAAGAAGGGCCACAGCCAAGACCGGUUUUCCAGCCAGAGCAGCUACGGUGUGGUGGGGAACGUCUUUAUUGACAGCGGGCGUCACUACUGGGAGGCUCUUAUUGGUGGAAGCACAUGGUACGCUAUUGGCAUUGCCUACAAAUCAGCCCCCAAGCACGAAUGGAUUGGCAAGAACCAGGCCUCUUGGGUACUCUGCCGCUGCAACAACUCCUGGGUGGUCCGCCACAACAGCAAGGAGCUGGCCAUCGAGCCCUCGCCCCAUCUGCGACGGGUCGGGGUCCUUUUGGAUUACGAUGCCGGAUACGUCACCUUCUACGAUGCUGUGGGCUCCCAGCACCUGCACACCUUCCACAUCUCCUUCAUCCAGCCUGUGUGCCCUGUGUUUAACGUGUGGAAUAAGUGUCUGACCAUUCUCACCGGCCUACCCAUCCCUGACCACCUAGAAGGACUAGAACCCAGCAACUGAAAGCUACACAGUUGCACCAGCAUACGGUCACUUUCCUAAAGUUGUAUCGGACAAGAGUUGAGUUUUAUGAUGUAUACCCUCAUCUACUCCAAUUCCACAAUCUCAGUCUUGUACGAUGCACCUUUGCACCUAGAGGCAGCGAUAAACCUGGGGAGAGUAGCACUCUUCUGUGAAUCUGGACUCAUCUGUUGCUGAUUCCUUCCUGUGUCUUAAUUAAGCCUAAUUUAAUAACCACCAACAGAGAGACAGGCUGUAGUGGGAUAAAUCAGCAUUUGUACGAAAGUUAACUUGUGCAGCUUUGACUGUGUUGGAAGCUUCCAACAACCAGUUAGCUUGGAUUUCCUGAUGCUGCUUAUUGUACACUCUCCACGGCAACCCAACGUCUGAUGACGGGGACACUUCAGGACGAACGAAAUUCCUCAUCUAAAGCACUUUGAGCAUUUAAGGAAGGAGGAGGCAAGCCACAAAUCAAUAAAUAAUCUACACUGUUUUACAUCUUUCAAUUAGCUUCUGCCUUUUUUUUUUUGCUUCACAGACAGAUUUGCAAAUCAACUGUAGUUUCUGGCAAAAGCAGAAGGACAAAUGUAUAUUUUGUAAAUUUGGUGCAUCCCUCCCUAUUUUUUCCCCAUUUGGCCAUUAAGAAGGAACCAAAGCCAUGGCUCUUCACAUAAAUGUUCAUCUAUACUAAAUAAAUGCUGAAUUAUUUUUGAAAAAAAACGAAAGAGGAUACAGUUAAUAUGAAAAGCAGGUUUUCCUUCCAUGUAGACCUUCUUUGUGGACACUGUUAACACUUUAUUGAUGGUUUUUUUGUAACCUGGAAGUACUUUAGUGCAAUUUAAAUGCAUUGACGGUGGGAAAGUGAUGAGUUCUGUUUGACUUAUUGUGUUGAUUUAGUUUUUGCUCUUCAAGUGUGAUGCAUUAAAUGUGACUUGCUCUUGUAGCCCGAGAGACCGUCACAAGGAGGAAAGGUUUGUUUUUUUACUAACUUAAAUACCGUUCUUUACAUUAGCUCAUAACAAAUUUAGAUUGAAAUGUAUUUUCCGAAUUUAAAAUAAAACCCAAAGACACAAAGCCAGUCUUCCUUUAUUCUAUAAAUGAUGACCUUUAAUAUUUAAUAAAAGGCACUCUUUGGUGUAAAUAUAUAAAUUUGAGUCUAUUUUUCAAUCAAAUUUUGUCACCUGAUCUGAUUUAAUAAAGGACAAACGACGUCUUCUUUGAUUCCUUUUGCAAAACUGUGGCUUUUCUUGUAUCUGGUGCCAGUAUGUAGUGCUUAAAUUAAUGUCUCCAUUUCAACUAAAUGACCAUGGUGUUGUUUUUUCUCAUCCGUCCUUUUGGAAAACAGGAUAUGAGGAAUUUCCUCGCAGAUGUUGGGUAUAAAUGUCGGAGAAUAAAAGUUCCUUUUCACUUCAAA